UAAGUUGUUGAGUAACACUAAACACCACCUUGUCUUCCUUCACGAAACUGUUAAAACCGUUCUUCUCUAUUUCUUUCUUUCAUCAAAUCAAAUCAAAACAAAACGAAAUCAAUCACCAAACAACGAACCAAGAACCUUCGUUUUCCGAUCUCAUUCCAGAUCAAACCACUACACUCGCAGCAGUGUGUUGGUGUGAUUGUUGUAUCUUCUGGUAGUGGGGUUUUUUGGAAAUUGGAUAAGAGAUGAGUCAGAGGGGUUUGAUAUAUAGCUUUGUUGCGAAAGGAACGGUUGUUUUAGCUGAGCACACGCAGUAUACGGGGAAUUUCAGUACCAUUGCUGUUCAAUGUUUGCAGAAGCUGCCUUCGAAUAGCAGCAAAUAUACGUACUCGUGCGAUGGUCACACGUUUAACUUCCUCUUAGAUAAUGGAUUCGUGUUCCUCGUGGUUGCAGAUGAAUCGGUUGGAAGGAGUGUUCCUUUUGUGUUUCUUGAACGGGUGAAGGAUGACUUUAUGCAGCGAUAUGGUGCUAGCAUUAAGAAUGCUAGUGACCAUCCACUUGCUGACGAUGACGAUGAUGAUGAUUUAUUCGAAGACAGAUUUAGCAUUGCAUAUAAUCUUGAUAGAGAAUUUGGACCAGCUCUUAAGGAACAUAUGCAGUAUUGCCUGAACCAUCCAGAAGAAAUGAGCAAACUAUCAAAAUUGAAGGCUCAAAUAACUGAGGUCAAGGGGAUAAUGAUGGAUAAUAUUGAGAAGGUUUUGGAUCGUGGAGAGAAAAUUGAACUUCUGGUAGACAAAACAGAAAGCUUGCAGUUCCAGGCUGACAGCUUCCAGAGGCAGGGAAGGCAGCUGAGAAGGAAGAUGUGGUUGCAGAAUCUCCAGAUGAAGCUGAUGGUGGGAGGAGGAAUCCUUAUCUUAGUUAUAAUAUUGUGGGUUAUUGCUUGUGGGGGUUUCAAAUGUUGAUGAAACUAUAAGAAAUUGAUGUGUGUGUAUUUGGGCACACAAAGGAUAAUGUACAAAAUGAUAUGCUACUCGUACAUGGAAUUUAUCUUUACUGUCAGACUGUAAUUGAGCUUGUGGUAAAGAACUAGUUACUUUGAACAAGCUCAUACUUUAGCUGACAUAACUAAGCUGGUUGUGUAUAUCAUGAUAAAUGCUUUUACCACUGUAGACUUUUGACAAGCUUGCCCUUGUCUUAUUCAAGUGCACGUAAUUGUUUCAA